AGGAGGAGAGAAGGAGAAGGCAGAAGAAGAGGAAACAGGAGGAGAAGAAGAAGGAGGAGAACAAGAGGUGGAAGAAGCAGAGGAGAAGCAGAAGGAGAAAAAAUAGAGGAACAAGUGAAGGCAGAAGAGGAAACAGGAGGAGAAAGAAGAGGGAGAUGAAGAAAUAAUUAUAAUUGCAUGUUGCCACCUUCAAGACGCACUGAGUCUUGCCAACUUGUCCUGCAAUACAGUCCUGCACAUUAAUAUCCUGCACCAUGGAAGGAGGUCUAAUACAAGCAAACUAUGUGUUCCGAGGGAUUGACUAUAUUAUCACCAUGAUGGUAACUGGGGAUGUGUUGGAAGUGCAAGUCGAGGACCGACUGACAUCUGAGCAGUGGAGAGGAGAAUUUGAAGCUGCUUAUAUUGAGGAUGUCACUCACAAAACUGGAAACUUCAAACAGUUCUCCAUUUUCUGCAACAUGUUGGAAUCAGCCAUCACAAAGAACAGUGAAUCGGUGACCCUUGACUUGCUGACCUAUUCUGACCUGGAGCUGCUGAGAAACCGUAAAACUGGCGUUGGAAUGAGACAAGUGCCGCCACCGAAGUCCGGGGCCCUCAACGCUAAACGCUAUCUCAUCCUCAUCUACUCGGUGGAGUUUGACAGGAUUCAUUACCCUCUGCCACUCCCCUACGCUGGGAAGCCUGAUCCAGUGGCUCUCCAGAAAGUAAUCCGGGGGCUGAAAGAGGAGCUGGCGGCGAUGAGGUCGAAGCAGGGCAUGGAUUAUCGUGACACAGAGCUCCGCAGGCUGAGGGCAGAGUUUGACAAGCUACUGCAGGAGAAACAGGAGCUGGAGGUAAUGAUUCUGCAGCUCCAGGAGCAGGUGAAGCUUUCCAACACAGCCAAUGUUGCCAAAGACAUCAAAAUCCUGAAGAAGGUCAUCCAAGGCUUGGAGCAGGAGCUGAUGAAGGAGAAAACAAAAAGCCAGAGAGCGGCAAGCAAGCGGAACCAGGAAUACCACCAGGCCCUGGAUGAGCUUGAAGAGGUGAAGGCUUCAGAGCGGAAACUGAAGCUACGGGUGAAGAACCUGUCGAUCGAGCUGGGUCUGUACAAGAGAGGUCGAAUCACUCCAGCCGGUCCCUCCCCACAAAGCCGCUCGAAUUACAGCCUCAGUUCUGGCCGGCGCACCCAGAGCAGGGGCGACAGUCGGUCGGCCACGCGGGACCGGAGCCAGCAGUGGGCAGAUUCCCGAGACCGGGGGAGGUCCACGUCCAGAGAGAGAAGUGGCCGCCAGACAUCGUUCCGUCGGAGUGACAGAUCAUCCUCCCGGGAGAGCCAGCAAGGAGAUCGAUGCCUCGUGCCCAAGCUGACCCCCUCUCCAACAGGCAUUCGACAGCACCGCUUCGAUCCCACUGCGUACGUUCACGACAAGAAAAGCAAACAGAAGGAGGCCGACCAGCGGAACUUGAGGAAGGUCCACAGGGACCUGAACGGCCUGACCAGCGAUGAGCGGGGGCGCCCCAAGUCCCGGACUUGCUCUCGGGAAGGCAGCAACUGCAGGAUGCAGGAGGCCGGUCGGACUCGCGCUCGGAGCUCGUCGGCAGAAAAUCUCCGAAUCAGAUUCUCGUCGGCGAGCUCGGCCAGCGACUGUGAGGACAACGGGGCACCAGCCAAAUCCAGAUUGCAAAGAGUCAGAAAACCAAGACGACCGUUGGGGUCAGCUUCCUGGACCAGCCCCAACUUGCCUCCGAGGAAGCCAAAACCGAAGCGUCUGGCCAGCACCCCAACAAUGUUAAACAAGUUAAAGUCUGACAAAGAAAACUACCUGGAUUCCUGCGACCUUUCUGAAAUCGAUGCGCGGUUAAACGCGUUGCAAGAAUACAUGAGGAAACUGGGAGCACGGACGGAGUGAGUGGAGCACUGACCACUUCCGUUAGACCGUCGACAAGGAAUGUGCCAGGGAGGGCAGGGCUGGUGGGUGAGACUGUGUCUGAACUUGGGCACAGCCUCCCCUCCCCACACACCACCUGCCUGAACCAACAAAGCCAACACUACUUAACAAAGCCUUCACUCUCCAGAACUGUGUAUCUGUUAGCUUAUUGUAAAUAGGAAGAGAAAAAAAAAACAGGUUCUGUGCAAUGGUGAAUGUUUGACUACUGUCAACUUGAACAGGCAAGAGUAACACAGGACUGAGACUAAUUUAUUUUAUAACUACAGUUAGGACAUUUCUCAUGGUUCGGACAUUGAAAGUUUGCAUUUUUACUGGUCCUACAAUCUGUUAUGUGCUAUUAUUGGCCAGAGUUACACCUGCCAGGCAUAAAUGAUCUGACAGAUGCUAAUGUAGUGUUUCCGCAGGAGUGACCACUCCCUCUCCUGCCUGCUGUGUCCCACGUGAUAUUCUGGUGGGAUUUAUUGACGUCCAGUCCCUCUGAGAUGAGCAUUCAAUGGGGAGGAGGUGAGCACUCUGGCUUUGCUGAAAUACUGUACCAUGGAACAUGGUCGGCAGGAUAGUAGAAUGAUGCUAGACUCCGUGAUCUCUGGAAAUGGAUGAAGUCCUGAUCAGUCCUAAUGUGUCAAAACAAGGAACUGCAGAUACUGGUUAACAAAAGAAAAAGGAAUAAAGUGCUGGAGUAGCUCAGCGGGUCAGGCAGCAUCUCUGCAGAAAACGAUAGGUGACGUUUCGGGUCGAUCUAAAGAAGGGUCACGACCUGAAACGUUGCCCAUUCCUUCUUUCCAGAGAUGCUGCCUGUCCCGCUGAGUUACUCAAGCAUUUUGUGUCUAUCUUCUGUGGAAUCUCGCCUAUAGUGUUGCAUGUUUGGUGUGCUGUUGCACACAAAUACCUCAGGUUGGAAAGUGCAUGUGUUUCUCUGAUCUGGACUUGUGGACCCAGCAGCUACAGCACUUUAUGUCCUUUUGUGUAUUAACCAGCAUCUGCAGUUCCUUGUUUCUAUGAGUUUAAUACAAAGAUAUUUAAGUAUCUACGGCAGGGGUUCCCAACCUUGAUUGUCCCGUUUACCCCUGGCAUCUUUAAUAGCACAUAACAAUGUCAUUUCACGUAUUUAUGAACAACUAAUGAUGAACAGAUCCCGGUAUACCAGAACCAAACACAGUCCGUCAAUGAGAAAAAAUAUCUACAAAUCCACAAUCAACAAAUUUACCCCCUGGGUCGGCGAAAUGUAUCCCCUGGAGGUAAAUUCACCCCAGGUUGGGAACCCUUGAUCUACAGGGAGAGGUGACAGUCCUGGCUCCUUGGGCUCUUUGAGCUGGGAAUGGAUGGCCUGCUAUUCGACUCUUGCACCAUUUUCCAGGCUAUGCUCUUACACCCAAGCUGAUGCCACCUUCAGGACGGUUGCGAUUGUUAAUAUGCCAGAGCUGCGUUGUGUCCCAGGAGGGGGGGGGAAUGAAAGUACUCAAAUACAUUCAAUAGACUUUAUUUGUACUGAUUUUUCUACAAUCUUUUUGUAAAUAAAUCUUUUAAUUCCAACAAAAUCAGUGUUGAUCAUUUUAAUCAAAAAGAACCCCAACACAUUGCACCUACAAUAGAUGCAGGUUCCAUACUCACUCUCGUACUUGUAUAACAGCGACACUCCACAGAGGUGUGAAUGCAGUCUACAUGGGCCAAGAAACUCAAGAGCCUCGCGACUUAGC